CAUAUCGAGGGAGAUUGCGUAGUGGUUGUGAAAGCAAUCCUCUCGGCCGGCAUUCCUUAGGUCAAGACUGAGCCGAUUAUUGUUGAUAUACAGGAGCAAAUUAGUUCUUUCCAACAUUGUGUGGUGAAAUUUGUGGGAAGAGAGGGAAAUAGUGUUGCUCAUAGAUUAGCUCGUUUGGCUGUAACUCCAGAAAGUUUCUGUUGUUUGGGUUGAUACCUAUCCGGUAUCAAUCGAAGUGUCUGUACGGAAAGACCUAGAGUCUUCCGUUAACUGUUGUUAAUGGUAUUUUAAGAUCUCUUUGCAAAAAACCGCGGCAAACGAAGCACGUUCGACUCGCAGUCUGCUCAUUUUGCGAUCCGUGCGCCGAUAGCCAUGGGGAAGCCAAGCCGAGACCGUCGGUCUCCAUCUUCGGGUUCAUCGUCUUCGUCCCUAGUCGACCAGACGGGCUCCUCCUCCCGCUCCGGGGUCUACACGGGAUCCUCUUCUCGUUCCGAAGUUCUCACUGGCUCGUCGUCUCGCUCCGGUGCCUACACGGGAUCAUCUUCUCGUUCCGAAGUUCUCACUGGCUCGUCGUCUCGGUCCCCCGUCGUACCGGGCUCAGACUCCCGUUCCAGCUUUCGCUCACCCUCCAUCUCUCGGUCCCUCUCGCGUUCCAGAUCCCGCUCGAGGACGCCGUUGCGGAGAGUCCGUUCUCAGAGCCCAAUCACCCCUCCUCUCAGGAAGAGGAAAGCCUCUCCUAUUCAAAAGUCAUUUGUUCUACGUAUUGACAACCUCGGCUGCAAUGUGAAUGAAGGCCAAUUAAAAGAUAAAUUCGGUAUUUUUGGUGAAGUUGUUAAUGUGGAGCUGCCAAUGGAUCACUCUGGCAAUCUUCCAAAAGGAUUUGGAUAUGUGGAGUUCAAGGCAGAAGAAGAUGCUAAAAUGGCAAAAUUUUACUUGCAUGGUAACGAAAUUAAUGGGAAUGCUAUUAAAGUAGAAUUCUCAUUUGUGUCGCUACCCCUAAAAGCCAUUACCACUUUGUCGAAAAUAGACGCUCCCAAAACUAACAACAUUUCUGAUGGUGAGGAGGAUAGACUCAAGCGGCAUAGGGAAGCUUCUCCCUGUCGGAAGCCUCUUGCCUCACCAAGAAGGGGAUCCCCUAUACAAAGGGAUGGUUCUCCUAGACGACUGCCAGAUUCUCCUCUACGUCGUCGUGCAGAUUCUCCAGCGCAUCGUCGAGUAGAAUCACCUUAUCGACGUGAUGAUACACAUCCGAGGAGGAGGUCCACAUCUUUGGGCAGAGGUCCAUCUCCACUGAUGCUCAAUACAUCCCCUUCAAGGUUGAUGACAUGUUAAAAUUUGCCCAUGCAGCCUCCGUUCCUGAUUCCAUAAAGGCUGAAUUGUUGCUAAGAAUUUGAACGUGUGUCAGGAGCAGCUCUUUGACACAGUAGCCUUUGUUCAGGAGAGGAGACAGAUAUUAUAGGUUCCUUGGGGUGGAGGCAACCGUACUUUACUGUAACAACCAGCGGAAUGCUUGAGAAAGUUUCAUCCUUUUAUUGCUAUAAUGAUGAGAACUGAUAGAAACCAGUUCCUUACGCAUAUAGUAAUUAUUACUUGCAAAUAUUUUCAUUGGUAACGUCUUAGAUUUUUGCUCUCUCAUCUGGUAUAUGUUUUUCUGUUGAAAUGAAACUUGGUAAAUGUUUUAGGUAUA